AUGACCGAUGGCUUAAAGUCUAAGGACUAUAAAAUGGUGAAUAGCAUGGCCGAUGGAUUAAAGUCUAAGGACUAUAAAAUGGUGGAUAACAUGGCCGAUGGCUUAAAGUCUAAGGACUAUAAAAUGGUGGAUAACAUGACCGAUGGCUUAAAGUCUAAGGACUAUAAAAUGGUGGAUAACAUGACCGAUGGCUUAAAGUCUAAGGACUAUAAACUGGUGGCCGAUGGCUUAGAGAGUCUAAGGACUAUAAAAUGGUGA